AUGGAGACGACGGGCUUCACGGAGAACCAGCUGACGGUGCGCGAGGCGGUGGGAGCGGUGUGCGCACAGUUCCCCAACACGUACUGGCAGGAGAAGGACCGCAAGGAGGAGGACCCCAGCGAGUUCCACGCGGCGCUGGCGCGGGACGGGUGGCUGGGCAUUGCGCUGCCCGAGUCGCUGGGGGGGUCCGGGCUGGGCAUCUCGGAGGCGACCAUGAUGAUGCAGACCAUCGCAGAGUCGGGCGCGGGCAUGGCCGGCGCCCAGAGCAUCCACGCAAACGUCUACGCGACGCAGCCCCUCGCCCGCUUCGGCUCGGCCCAGCAGCUCCAGACAACCAUCCCAAACAUCAUCUCGGGCCGCUGGCGCACCUGCUUCGGCGUCACCGAGCCAAACUCGGGCCUCGACACCCUCCGCCUCGCCACCACCGCCACAAGGGCCCCCGGCGGCGGCGACGACUACCUCGUCUCCGGCCAGAAGAUCUGGAUCACCUGCGCCCAGGUCUCCCGCAAGAUGAUCCUCCUCGCCCGCACUACGCCCCUCGAGCACGUCACAAAGCCCAGCCAGGGCCUCUCCCUCUUCUGCAUCGACCUCGACCGCGACAAGCCGGGCCUCGAGCUGCGCAAGAUUCGCAAGAUGGGAGGGCGCGCCGUCGACGCCAACGAGGUCUUCUUCGACAACUACCGCAUCCCCGCCGACUCCCUCGUCGGCCAGGAGGGCAACGGCUUCAAGAUCAUCCUGCACGGCAUGAACGCCGAGCGCUGCCUGCUCGCCGGCGAGGCCCUCGGCCUGGGCUACGCCGCCCUGGCCCGCGCCGCCGCCUACGCCCGCGAGCGCGUCGUCUUCCGCAGGGCCAUCGGCCAGAACCAGGCCAUCGCCCACCCGCUCGCAGACGCCUACAUGAACCUCGAGGCCGCCAAGCUCGCCACCUACCACGCUGCCCGGCUGUACGACAUGUCAGCAGCAGCAGCACAAGACGGCGCCUCGAAACAAGAACAACAAGAACAACCACAGCAGCAGCAGCAACAGCAACAACACAUCCGCCAAGACGCCGUCGGCGUGGCGGCCAACAGCGCGAAAUACCUAGCCGCCGAGGCCGCCUUCCGGGCGUGCGAGCGCGCCGUCAUGACCCACGGUGGCAUGGGCUACGCCGUAGAGUACGACGUCGAGCGCUGGCUGCGCGAGUGCCUCGUGCCCCGCAUCGCGCCCGUCAGCCGCGAGAUGAUACUCAACUAUGUCAGCGAAAAGGUCCUCGAGCUGCCGAGGAGCUAUUAA